AUGGACCCAAUCUGUAAAUUAGCUAAUGCCGUUAUGGAAGGUAAUAUGGAUAUGGCUAAUAAAAUGUUUGAAACAUUGGGAUUGAAACUCACAUAAGAAGAAGCCAAAUUAGGAGGAAAGCAUUUACUUAAAGCUGUUAUGUCUAAAUGGAUUAAUGCUGCUGAUACAUUACUUUAAAUGAUUGUUUGCCAUUUACCAUCACCAAGAAAGGCUUAAAAAUACAGAACUUCAUAUUUAUAUGAAGGACCAUAGGAUGAUGCUAUUGCUUAAUCAAUGAGAGAAUGCAAUCCAAAGGGACCAUUAAUAAUGUAUUGUCUAAGAUGGUGCCAACAACAGAUAGAGGAAGAUUCUUUGCUUUCGGUAGAGUUUUUUCUGGUACCAUUGCUACAGGAUAAAAGGUUAGAAUCAUGGUAGCCAAUUAUAAAGUAGGAAAGAAGGAUGAUUUAUUUGAAAAACCUAUCUAAAGAACUGUUCUUAUGAUGGCCAGUAGAGUUGAAUACAUUCCAGAUGUUCCAUGUGGUAACACAGUCGGAUUAGUCGGUGUUGAAUAAUAUUUAAUGAAGACUGGUACCAUUUCAGACCAUCCAGAUUGGCAUUUAAUCUGAU